CCUUACAUAUUUACAAAUAUCGAAACCGUUGAAUAUUAUACAUUAAUGAGUUAAAAAAAUCAGCAAAAACAGUGUGUGAGAUAAUAAGUUAAUACGUAUUAAGUUAUAUAUAAAAUAUGUACCUGGUUUUCUGGUACACACAAAACACUUUACCAAAUGAUUGUACUACGUUAUUAAUUUACUUAGUGAUUGAUGGUUCAUUCUAAUAUCAAUUAAUAUGUAACAAAUAAGUAACAAUAUGUUCAAACACGUACAAAACCUUGUAAAGAGUGGUUGUAUAAUUUAAUUGUGCUGCAUUGUUUUCUCACCAACAAUAAUUUUGUUGUUAACGAAACCAUGGAGAAUAACGUCCAUAAUGUGGUGGACUCUUUAAAGCCAUUACUUAUAAUUGAGAAUCUAUUCGGAAUAUUUCGAUUUAGUUACGCAAAUGCGGUAUUGGCAGCACCAACACGAGUUACGAAGAUUUACACUAUCUGUGUGAUUUUUAUUACAAUAAUUUCCUAUACAUAUCAGAUGGUAGAGUUGACCCAAACAUUAUUUACAUUUAAUGGAGUGAAAUUAGAAUUUAUAAGCGCGUCACCCUCUAUAUUUAUGAUAGGUCAGUUCAUUACAUCUUUGAUUGCUUCAUUUCUAUUUUCAAAAAAAAAUAUUAUACUUAUAAAAACCAUAUCUGAGAUUGAUUCCCUAUUGGGUAUUAAUGAAGUGUUUUAUUCUAAUUUUAAACGCAAAAUUAUCAUUAAAAUCUGUACGCUUGCAGUUUCUUUUAGCUUAAGUAUAACAUACGAACUUUACGUCAAUCAAGACAGUUCAGUUAUGAUCUUGUGCAUGGCCGUCGUUUCAUUGGCGCAGAAAUUACAGGUGGUAUUUUUCUGCAAUUACAUCAAUAUGAUAACGGAGAGAAUCAAUGUAUUGAAUAAUCAUUUGCGAAAUUUCACCCCAAACGAAAACGGCAUAGUCAUAAAGAAGACUUCACAAUUGUAUUACAUUGGUUGUAAAGUUGAAAAUAUGUCAAUAAAAUCAUUAUCCAUCGCUUACAGUUUGAUGGGGGUUGUAAUGGUAACGACCAACAAAAUUUUCCAAAUCAACAUUUUCCAAGCGCUGAUUUCAAUAUUUUUUUACAUAAUAAUAGCUAUAUGGACAUAUAUUUAUUACUAUCGAAUGUUAAAGGAUUCGACAUUUUUCGUUAGUAACCUAAUUUGGUGUAUUGGCGAGUUAUUUUUUCUUGCCCUCAUAUGCUACGUAUGCGAAAGAGUUGUUACUAAACGAAAUGAGACUAAGGCUUUUGUAAAUGAAAUUAUAAUGAAUUACAACUUCUCUGACGAAACUAGGGGCCAAGCUAAAACAUUACUUGAAGUAGUGAAAACUUGGCGAUUGAAUAUUAUUGCCUAUGGAAUGUUUGAAAUGAACAUUACACUCCUAUUGAAGUUUGUUAGUGUUGCCACUACUUAUUUAAUAUUUCUUUGCCAAUUGUCACAUUUUGUUUAGCAUUUUAUAUCUUUGCAAAAGAUUGCCUUUGUCAAUAGUAAGUAGUCUGACUAAAAUUUCUGCUGCUUGUUAUUACUACUGAGUGCUACUACAUGUACUAGUUAUGUAUUACUAAGGCUAAUAUUAUUAUGGACAACUUGUAUUAGUAACAUAUUAUUCGUAUAUACAUGUGUGUGUAUUAUAUAAUAGAAGAACAUUGUGGCUUGAAAUUGGUAAUUAAAUUAUUGGACCAUA